AUGAAUCAAUCCUCCACCACCGCAUUGGAUGACAAGGCUCUACGAGAGCAUAUCAAUUGGAGCAACUUCUACCGCCACCUGCAGGUUGGGGCACUGCCAUUGACAAUGCUACCUGCCUUGGCAAUCUAUGGCCUUUGCACCGUUCCAUUCCAACGCAAUACUCUGAUUCUCACUUUCGUGUGCUACUUCUUGACGACCAUCUCAAUCACCGCUGGCUAUCACCGCCUCUUUGCUCAUAAGUCCUACGAAGGCUCCUCGGUUCUCAAGGCUAUCCUACUCUGCAUCGGUGCUGGCGCCGCCGAGGGUUCUUGCCGGUGGUGGGCAAGGGGUCAUCGUGCCCACCACAGAUAUUCGGACCUCAAUCAGGACCCAUAUGGCGUGCACCGGGGUUUCCUCAAUGCGCAUAUUGGAUGGAUGCUAUUUACGCCAAGAUACCGACCAGGCAGAGUGGAUAUGGGUGACCUGGAUGCCGAUCCGCUUGUGCGCUUUCAACACAAGCACUAUUUGACCAUGGUUGCUGUAUUUGCUUUCAUGAUUCCCAGCUGCGUUGCUGGCUUUGGCUGGGCUGACUGGCGCGGAGGCUUUCUAUUCGCAUGCUGCUUGCGCAUGACUUUAGCCCAUCAUGCAACAUUCUGCGUGAAUUCAGUGGCUCACUAUUUUGGCGAUGCGCCCUUCGAUGAUAACCGGUCUCCGCGAGAUCACUUCAUCACUGCAAUCAUCACUCAAGGGGAAGGGUAUCACAACUUCCAUCACGAGUAUCCCAAUGACUAUCGCAAUGCUAUCAAGUGGUGGCAGUACGACCCGACGCGCAAUUUCAUUUGGGUUUGUUGGUUGUUGGGCUUUGCAAAGAACCUUCAGCGAACAGGCGAUGCCAUCAUUGAGAAGAGCAUGUUGCAGAUGGAGCAGAAGAAGCUCGACAAGCGCAAGGCGGACCUCGCUUGGCCACGACAAGAUUUACCGCUCAUGACCCUUGCCGAGAUGGCUCACGAAUCAGAGAACAGGAUUCUCUUGUCUUUGAAUGGUUACAUUCACGAUGCCAGCGCCUUUGCCGCGAAUCACCCAGGCGGAAGGGCUUUCGUGCUCUCACGACGUGGCAAGGACAUUGCACUUGACUUCAACGGCGGCAUAUACAAUCACAGCAAUGCAGCGCGCAAUCAGCUCGACAUGUUGCGUGUUGCCAGAUUGAAGGAAUAG